AAAAGCGAGUAAAGAGAGGUAGAAGGUGGUAUAUCGACACUCUGUUUCUCUUUCAAUAAUACCCUUCCAAUUACAUACCGCCCUCUCUAUGUAACUUUAUGACCUAUACUUUUGUGUAAGUGAUUAUAGGUUAUGUUAUUUUUUGUAUACAUCUAACUUAGACAGUCUUCUAUUAAAGUUUAUUUUUAGUGCGCACGAAUAAUUAGUUUUUGUUAAAACCUAAGUGUAUAUAUAAUAUCGAAAGUAUCUUUUGUAAACCAGAAGAUUCAAUGUUAGUAAACGUAGUGUAUAUUGUAUACAUAACCUAAACUGUUUACUAUAUAAAGUUGACCGUAAAACAGAAUCACGGGAUGACUUUAGGUGGAACGCCUACAGAAGUACCUGUAGAACAGGUACACGCUAAAAGUAUCAUAGUUAUCCAUCCGGGGUCGUUAAAUUUAAGAAUAGGCAGAGCUUCAGAUUUAAAUCCGUUAACAACUUUACAUGCUAUCGCAAGGAGGAGAUUACCGAAUGGAAUUGAAUAUACAGACAGUUUUUUACCAGAACGAGUUGAUUCGACGCAAAUACAAGAAUUGGAGGAAGCUAGACUAGCAGUAUCACAUACCUUACAGUCUUGUCUACAAUCUGAUGGACGAAGAAGGUAUGCUACUCCACCGCAACAAAUAGCAGCUUUUAAUCGUCGUUCCGAACCGGAAUUAGUGAGUAACACAGGUGGUGAUUGGGUAAAACCGGAAGGUGACUUAGUUAUUGGUAAUGAUAUAUUGCGAUUGGAUCCAAAGCAAGAAUUCAACAUACAUUUUCCUUAUAAAAGGGGAGAACUAAAUGUUCAUUCAGGACCAGGGGGUUCAAUCACAUCUAUUAUGGCCGAUUUAGAAACAAUAUGGACUUAUAUACUUGAAGUGAAUUUUCAAAUUAGUCGAAAGGAGUUAAAACAUCACAAAGCUGUUUUAGUGAUACCAGACGUUUAUAAUAGGGUGUAUUUAAGGGAAUUAAUGUAUCUUUUGUUAUGUAAAAUUGGUUUCGGUAGUUGUUUUUUACUACAGGAUCACGUGGCAGCUACAUUCGGAUCCGGAUUAAGUUAUGCGUGUGUAAUUGAUGUUGGGGAUCAAAAAACGUCAGUUUCUUGUGUUGAAGAUGGGAUUUGUCACCAAAAUACCAGGGUUAGAUUGGAUUACGGGGGUGGUGAUAUAACUCAAGUAUUUUUUUGGCUUCUUCAAAAAUGCGCUUUUCCUUAUAAAGACUGUAUGGAUAAAAAUAAAUUAGAUACGAUGUUGUUAAGAAAACUCAAGGAAGAUUUUUGUCAUGUUAAUUUAGAUGUAUGUGGUUCUCAGGAGAAAUCUUUUAUCUUAAAACAACCCGAUAUGCCAGUUUAUCAUUUCACUAUUCAAGUUGGUGAUGAAUGUAUUGUUGCUCCAUUGAGUCUCUUUAGUCCUGAAUUAUUUGCCAUCACAGGACCAAAAUUCAUACAUACCCAGAAGAUAUCAACCGGAGACCCUGAAGAUCCACAUGAUGAAAUAUAUUUGAGGGAUAUUAGGAAAAAGGGUAUGAAGGAAAGUUUGGAUACAGCAAAUUCCGAUAUGUUAAAUGAUACUUUUCUUGAUAACCAACAAAAUGCUCCUAACGAAGACGAUAUUGUGGUGGAUGCUAUGGAUCCGAUUAUGCCAGCAUCUAUUAAAGAAUUUGUAACAAAUCCAGGGCAAAUAUUGAGUCUGGAUCAAGCGGUUCUUCAAAGUAUUGAUAGAUGUCCAAACGAAGAAAUAAAAAGGAAAAUGUACGGGUGCAUUUUAGUGGUUGGUGGAGGGAUGAAAUUUUCAGGUAUAGGCACGUGGCUCCAGAAUAGAAUUUCACUUCAGAUUCCUUAUUUGUAUCGAGCUGAACAACUCGAUAUUGUAACCAAUCCUCGAGAUAUGGAUCCAGCAAUGGUCGCAUGGAAAGGAGCUUGUAUUAUGUCCUGUUUGGAAACUGCUCACGAACUUUGGAUCCAGGCUGAGGAAUGGGAAAAAUUUGGUGUAAGAAUCUUAAGAGAGAGGGCCCCGUUUACAUGGUAGACAAUCGAUAUUCUAUUUCCAAAUAUAGAUUGAGAAAUGUAGUAGAGAAUUUAAACGAAUAAGUCGAUAAUCAUUUUUUAUUUGUAUAAUUAACAUACAUAGUGCAAAUCAAAUUCCAAUUAUUUCAUAUUUUUGAUACACUGAGAGUAAAUGUUGGAAACAAAACCAUUUUUAUGAAUAUUCAACAAAAUUAUUUUGAAAAAUACGUGGAACAAUAUAAAAGCUGUUUGAAUGGAUUAGCCGCAAUUUUUUUUAAAUCUUAUAAAAUAAAGCACUAUUUUGAGGUUGUUUUUUUUAUUAUUUAAAUAUAUACACAACAUUAAGAUCAGGAAAUUUUCAUAUAUACAAAAUUGGUUAUUUUUCUUUUAAUAUUAAAAAUAAUUACACUAUUUUUACAACCGAACGGUGACAGGCUGCAGAUUUUUAUAUAUUACAACAAAUGCCAAGGUCCUAAGUCUGCAGUUUUGCUUCUUCAUUUUGGUGUUCACUUCAUUAUUUUUCUAUUAUUACCUCGAUCUAAAUAUUUUCUCUUUUAGAAUGUUGUAUCUGAUCUUUCCGAAGCACCCAUCCCAAUACAAUGAAGAUUUUUCAUGGAUGUAUAUGAACGUCAAUACCAAGGAAUUAUCCAUCAACUUUAAAUUGUAUUUGAUUCAGUUCCACGAUGCUUUUCGAAGAGUUGGUAACUUGGUAGAUGGAUCUUGGAUUUUAAAUAAUCAACGGAAAGUUUGACUGAGGAGAAAAUAAACACACGAAUGAAGUGAAUAUUUUCUGUAUCAGAAGAAAUAAAAAAAAACUGCAACAAAAUACGAAAUUACUUAUUCACAAGGCCUUUCGGAGAGCCGGUGAUUCAGUAGAUACAUUCUAGGCUCUAGAUUGGUCAUGGAAAGUACAAUUAAAGAGAAAUUAGACUCAACAAUGAAGUAAAUACAUUCUGCUUCCAAAGAAAUGGCACAAAUUUUAACAAAAAAUGAAAUUACUGAUUUAUAAGGCCUACCAGAGACCUGGGGACUCAGUAGAUAGAUCCUAGGCUAUGGAUUGGUCAUUCAAAAUACGAUUAAAGAGAAAUUAGACUCAACGAUGAGGUAAAUACAUUCUGCUUCCCAAAAAAUGGCACAAAUUUUAAUAAAAAAUUAAAUGACUGUUUCAUAAGGCCUACCAGAGGCUUGGGGACUCAACAGACAUAUCCUAGGCUGUGGAUUGGUGAUGGAAAGUACAAUUAAAGAGAAAUUAGACUCAACAAUGAGGUAAAUACAUUCUGCUUCCAAAGAAAUGGCACAAAUUUUAACAAAAAAUGAAAUUACCAAUCCACAAAGCAUUUCGGAAAGUUGAUAGACUCUGGAUUGGUAAUGAAAAGUAUGAUUAAAGAGAAAAUAAGUACAAUAAUGCUGAAGAAAGUAAAAUACCAGGUGAAAUUGGCAUUUGCUGUUUUAUAUAUGUAUUAUGUGAAUCUUUAGAUUUCCAAAUAAACUGUUUCUCGGGUAGUAAUUGUUAAUAGUUAACAAUAAAUUUUUCUUAAGCAACAUUCCAAGAUAUUUAUAAUUGUUUUUAUAGGCUAAAAUAUGUUUCAGUUUUUUCCUUUAUCGAAAUGUGGGUUUGUUGUAAAUUGGGAACAAAUAUAUCAGUCUGUAUGUCUUGCAACCUGAGAUAAAUGCUCGACAUUUUUGUUAAUCCUGGUUCAUGAUUUUUUACUAAAAACGACC